CAUAAACUCGGCACGUGCAACGGCAAACUAUGAAACGCAAAAUGGAGGCAGUUGAAACAAAAUUUCCGCGCUUAGAGGUGAGUAUUUUAUCAUUAUUUUGGCUAUAUCUUGCAGAAAAUACCAAUAUAUAGUUCUAUGUGUUAUUUUUUCAUUACAGGAAGCCCCAUCCAAGAUCAAAGUUAACGGGGAAUGUGAAAAUACAACAAAUAACGAUAAAAAUUUGCCCUCUGAGCAAAUGACAAGUGCUGACUAUUAUUUCGAUUCUUAUGCACAUUUCGGUAAGAAAUGGUACAUGAUGUACAUUUGGUGUCAUUGCUUUUAGGUUUAGGAUCAUUUGUGUCCUAUUUUCCUAGUUAUGAGAGAUAUCAUAAAAUAG